AUGAGCAGACUUCAUUCGGCUGCGGCUCGUCAAACACUAGUACACCCAAAUGCUGUUAGUCCAACGGUGGACCACAACGACCCUCUUUUCUCACAAGGUGCAUCACUUCGUGAUCCGUCGACUGCAUCAAUAAAUGAUAUUGGAUUUUCAAAAGUUCUAGGCAAGGAUGGUGAUGUACAAGAACAUACUGUAAUGCAAGUUGAAAUUGAAAAUGAACCGUUAAUGCAACAAGAAAAACGAUCAAAACUAGCCAGUAAAAAUGCACUUUUAACACAACGAUGGCAAACAAUACUAGUUGUGACUGUAGUCCUUACAGCAUUAGCUGCUGGAAUCGGUGGUCUCGGCUAUUGGAUAUCGAUUCCAAAAGUCAUUACACAACCUUUUUUGCUCUAUGGAGCAUCAUGCUAUAUGAAUUCUCGUUCGUGUGAUGCAACACGAUUUCUUUGGUGUCCAGCUGGUACAUGUGUAUGUACAGGUAACUAUCAAUGGAAUGUAACAGCACAGAAUUGUUCAUGUGGUGUCUAUCAAAAAUGGACUGGUUUUAAAUGUCAAGAUUAUGGAUAUUAUGGUGAUCCUUGUAAUUCAGUACCUUGUCAACCGACUUUAACAUGCAUGCAAGUUAUCAAUCAAACAUAUACCACAAGCCAAGAUAUUUGCGUUUGUGAUAGCGUAACUUAUUUAGAAACAGUUGGCGUCAAUAGUGGAACUUGUGUUUCUCAAUUAACAUAUAAUGCUUCUUGCCUAACAAACUCCGAUUGUAAAUCUGCGCUCGGUCUUUCUUGUGCCAAUGUUGGAGGAAUACUCCAAUGUCAAUGUUCAUCCACAGCUUAUUGGAAUGGAUCCUAUUGUAGCUCAAAUGCUCUUGGUGGACAACCUUGCAGCGUAUCUGUGCCAUGUGAUACUAAAAGAGGUCUAACUUGUACAGCAGGUAUUUGCGAAUGCGAUUCAUAUAGUUAUUGGGAUAAUGUUACAACAGAAUGGUGUCAAGAAAAAAAAACUUAUGCCAUUGGAUGUCAAUAUAGUUUUCAGUGUAAUACAACAGUUAAUCUUUCGUGUCCAUCUACGCCCACAGGCUGUGAUUGCCCGACGGCAUCAUCUGCCGGUAUGUGCGAUUGUGCAUCGACUACUUUCUGGGACGGACAACGAUGUUCAGCAAGACAUUCAUUCAAUGGAACAUGCCCAGGACAAUAUGCUUGCACUGCAAAUCUUGUUUGCUAUUUAGGACAUUGUAUAUGUCCAGGAAAUAUGGUAUGGAAUACUCCGACGCCUAAUACAUGCGCCUGUUCCCUAGGGACUACUUGGAAUAGUACCACUAGCACGUGUGCUUAA